AUGGCUGCUCUUCGCUCUACCUCGCGCCUGCUCGCCUCCUCGAGGCCUCUGUUCCGUCCGGCCAUGUUUGCUCGCUCCUAUGCGACUGUCGAGGCCAAGUCUCCCAACGCGGAUCCCAACAUGUCCGAGAACCCCCGAGUCAAGAAGUUCCAAGUCUACCGGUGGAAUCCCGACCAGCCCACCCAGAAGCCCCAGAUGCAGACCUACGAGCUGGAUUUGAACCGGACCGGUCCCAUGAUGCUCGACGCGCUCAUCCGCAUAAAGAACGAGAUCGACCCCACUCUGACUUUCCGGAGGAGCUGCAGAGAAGGUAUCUGCGGUAGCUGUGCGAUGAACAUCGACGGUGUCAACACCCUGGCUUGCUUGUGUCGCAUUCCCACCGACACAGCCAAGGAGUCUCGCAUCUACCCAUUGCCUCACACCUACGUUGUCAAGGACUUGGUUCCUGACUUGACAUAUUUCUACAAGCAGUACAAAUCGAUCAAGCCAUACCUGCAGCGUGACACCAAGACCGAGGAUGGUCUUGAAAACCGCCAAAGUCCCGAGGAGCGUAAGAAGCUGGACGGUCUCUACGAGUGUAUCCUGUGCGCCUGCUGCUCAACCUCCUGCCCGUCGUACUGGUGGAACAGCGAGGAGUACCUGGGACCUGCCAUCCUGCUCCAGUCGUACCGCUGGCUUGCUGAUUCCCGUGACGAGAAAACCGCCGAGCGCAAGCAUGCUCUGGACAACAGCAUGAGCGUGUACCGAUGCCACACCAUUCUUAACUGCUCGCGGACCUGCCCCAAGGGAUUGAACCCUGCGCUGGCGAUUGCUGAGAUCAAGAAGAUGCUGGCCACUCACUAG